AUGAAUUCCCUCGAAGUGAUUUUCGGCGAGCUAGGCAUUACUCAGUAUCUCGAUGCCUUCAUCGACCAAGGCUUCGAUUCUUGGGAUACCAUUCUCGAUAUCACCGAGUCUGACCUAGACGCACUUGGCGUUAAGCUCGGCCAUCGAAGAAAACUCCAGCGUCGUAUAGCGAAUUAUCGUGGUGUUGCGCCCGAAACAUCCUUAGUGUCGCCUACAUGCACGAGUAUUGAAGAUGCCAGGGUCGACUCGAACCGGACGGAAUCUAUCAAGUCUGAAAAACCAGACGGGGCAGCCGUCGCGAAGCGCAAAUACAGACGACAUCCCAAGCCAGAUGAAAAUGCACCGGAGCGCUCCCCAUCGGCGUAUGUAUUAUUUUCGAAUAAAAUGCGAGAAGAUCUAAAGGGCCAAAACUUGACCUUCACGGAGAUCGCUAAAUUAGUCGGUGAGAAUUGGCAAAAUCUGACCCGCGACGAAAAAGAGCCGUUUGAAAGACAGGCACACGAGGCCAAGGAGAGAUACAACCGUGAGCUAGCAGAGUAUAAAAAAACAAGCGAGUAUAGAAAGUACUACGACUACUUGCACGAAUUCCGUAAAAGACAAGCGACCCAAUUGCAAGAAAGGGAUGUUUCCAAACGUCUGAAGUUAGAUUCUGAUAGUAUUCGCGGUAGUAGUACCAGCGGUGGUUCGGCCGGGGCAAGUGGCACGACCAGUGGAACAGUCAGUGGCUCCGACAGCCAACCCGGCAGCGAGCCUCCUCCUACACGCCAACAACGGCUAGGUUCGUCAACAUCGACUGUCGAUAGUAGUAGUUUCUCUCCUGGCAUGAACAGCAUACACCACGGGGACGAGUUACAUUCUCCUAGGACACUCUCGUUUGAUGAACCGAGUAGCGGGCGGUCGCGUGGAUUAUCGAGUCCCACUUCCCGUGACCACUCUUCUCACCAUUCAAGCCGUCGAUCCGGAUGGGCUGACAGCCAACGGAUUUAUGGAGAAUCAUCCGGUGCGCCGAUUUCUUGGUUCGACCCGAGAGGCAUUCAAGGAACCUUGGUACACUCCCCCGAUAAUGUUUUACCUGGCUCCGCCUCAAGCCAUGGUCUAAACAAUAUAUCCGGCCGUGUUUCGAGAUCAUCCGGAUCCGGAUCAAGUUCGAUGUCGCGACCGCCAUCUUUGAAAACCGAACAGUCCUCAACAGGUAGUAUAAGCUCGCUUAGUUCCUACAAUAUCCCGAGAACUCCUAGCGAUGCAUCACUGCCGAUACAUGCUCUACUAUCCAAGCCAGAGCCGGCCUAUCCUUCAUGUCCACCUCCACCGGCCCCACAAUCCCAGCUACCAAUAAUUCAAUCACAAUCUGGUCGUCCACCAGGCGACCAAUCAAGCAGUAAUGGCACUGAGGCUCAUGAUAAAGGAUAUUUUGCAGGCCAUACUACACCAAAGUAUUCAACACUGGGCUUUCAGAAGGAUACCGUUUUUGGUAUGCCGGUCGAACCAAAGUUAACUGCUACUUCGAAGUUGGGUAGCCUAAGUGAGUCUAGUCUUGACGGUAUUAGUGCCUUACUCAAAGCACGGGAGAUCGUCGAUCGACGGUAAAAGGGGAGAAAAACGGGCGCGAUCUGUUGCCCUAUCAUAUUUUCCCUCGUGUAGACAUCUACACUAAACAUAUUUGCAUACUGGGGAUUGACGGAGUAUGGUAUUUACGAUAUUUGGUUAUUUAUGACUGGAAUUACCUGGAUGGAAACGAGCGUUCGGAAAUUGCAAUACGACAUGGUACUUAAUGGCGACCAUCAACAGUCGCUACUCGGAUUCUCCAGGAUUUGCUAUUUUCCCUCUUCAUAUCCUUAGAGGUUCCAACGAGAGGUUCCAACGAGCGGCAACUGCGAGACUGCAAAGUUAAUUGGUUGAAUACCCAUUUUCUAUCCCUGUGAAAA